AUGGGCCGGACCCAAGCUUACCUUAUUGCUCUGCUCUUUGCCUCGGGCGGCUGGGCUGCCCCUCAAGGAAAGAGAUCUGUCGACAAAUACGCGAACGAUGACGACCAACCCUUUGACGUUCCUUCAGGCUCAUUUGCCUUCCCCAGCGGAGGAGACUGGCCAACCCCCACUGGUGGUUUCCCCGGCGGCGGUGACUUCCCAACCCCUACCGGUGGCUUCCCCGGUGGUGGUGAGGGCGGCUUCCCUACUCCCUCUGGCUUCCCCGGCGGUGGUUUCCCAAGUGGCUCUGGAUUCCCCGGUGGUGGUGACUUCCCCACCCCUACUGGUGGUUUUGGUAGCUUCCCAACUGGCGGCACCGACGACUACUCCCGCCGUCAGGAGGACGACUCCGAGGGCGGUGAUGAUGGCGAGCGCCCUACCCCCUCUGGCGGUUUCGGUGGCGAGCGUCCUUCCGGCACUGGUAGCUUCGGCGGCAGCCGUCCUACUGGCACUCCUGGAGCUGGCCACGGCCACCACAGUGGACGUCCUACUGGCACUCCCACCGGUGGCUUCGGCGGUAGCUUCCCUACUGGCUCUCCCGAUGACGAUGAAUCCAGCGGCAAGAACGCUAGUGACGACGAGUCUGGCGGUGACGACAGCGAGCGCCCUACACCCACUGGUGACUUCAGUGGUGAGCGUCCUUCCGGCACUGGCAGCUUCGGCGGCAGCCGUCCUACUGGCACUCCCGGAGCUGGCCACGGUCACCACAGUGGACGUCCUACUGGUACUCCCACUGGCGGCUUCGGCGGCGGCCGUCCCACCGGCACUCCUGGCGCUGGCCACGGUGGCGAUGAGGAUGGUGAGCGUCCUACUGGCACUUUCGGCGGCGACCGUCCCACUGGUACUCCUGAGGGCGGUGAUGGCAGCUUCCCUACCGAGGCCCCUUCCAGCGGCUUCAGUACUCACCAAGCACGUUGGCAAUCUGAGUACCGGUGA